CUUCGAAUUUCUCGUAAUUUCUCUUUCUUUUCUAGGUCCCACUACGUUUUUAUCACAUCAAGUGUCUUCUGACACGUGGCACGUUAAAUUUCGCCACUCUCACUCUCUCUGUCCCUCUGUCUUUUGUCUAUAAAUCUUGUUUUUGCUGCUUUGUUUAUCUCAUUUGGAAACAAAAAAGAAACGAAUUUGUAACAAAACAAAGCCGGAAAACGAAGAAAACCCAGAAAUGGGCCAAGCAAAUUAGUAUCGAUCCCAAAACAUAUACAUAUAAGUUUGUGUAAAAGGCAGUGGUGGGAAAAAAAGAGAGUGAAAUGAUAGGUGAAGCAAAGUUAGGAAGUGAAGACUUGAGCUUGGGCUUUAAGAAGCUUAUGAUGGUUGCUGGUGGAAAGAAUGGUGAGGGAGUUAAGAUGGAGGGUGUGGUGAUCACCAAGUGGAAAGAUAUUCCUAUGGAGCUGCUGUUGAGAAUUGUCUCUCUAGUCGAUGAUCGGACUGUUAUUGUUGCUUCUGGUGUUUGUUGUGGGUGGAGGGAUGCCAUUUGCUUAGGCCUCACACAACUGUGUCUCUCCUGGUGCAGAAAGAACAUGAACAACUUGGUUCUAUCUCUUUCUCCUAAAUUUACCAAAUUGCAAACUCUUAUUCUGCGCCAAGAGAACCCACAGCUAGAAGACAAUGCUGUUGAGACUUUUGCAAAUUUUUGUCACGAUCUGCAGGAUCUGGACCUCAGCAAAAGUUUCAAGCUUGGCGAUCGCUCAUUGUAUGCAUUGGCCCAUGGUUGUCCUAACCUUACAAAACUUAAUAUCAGUGGCUGCGCAUCAUUCAGUGAUGAAGCUCUUGAAUAUUUGACUAAGUUUUGUCGAAAACUAAAAAUAUUAAAUAUCUGUGGAUGUGUUAAAGCUGCAACUGACCGUGCUUUGCAGGCUAUUGGACAAAACUGCAAUAUGUUGCAAUCUUUAAAUCUGGGAUGGUGUGACAAUGUUGGUGAUCUAGGAGUUAUGAGUCUGGCUUAUGGAUGCCCUGAUCUCAGAUACCUGGACCUGUGUGGCUGUGUCCGCAUAACAGAUGAUAGCGUGAUUGCUUUGGCAAAUAAGUGUCUUCAUUUGAGGUCACUCGAUCUGUACUAUUGUCGGAAUAUCACAGACAGGGCAAUUUACUCACUGGCUCACAGCCGAGUGAAGAAUAAGCCUUCGAUGUGGCAGUCCAUGAAGGGUGGAUAUGACGAGGAAGGUCUUAGAAGUCUCAAUAUAAGCCAGUGUACUGCACUGACUCCUUCAGCUGUUCAGGCAUUAUGUGACACAUUCCCUGCUCUUCACACAUGCUCUGGAAGGCAUUCCCUUGUCAUGAGUGGCUGCUUGAAUUUAACGUCUGUGCAUUGUGCUUGUGCUGUCAAUGCACACCGCACGCUGAACAGUGUUCUCCAUAAAGCUCAUUGAAGGUGAUGCCAAUGUUGAUUUUGUAAGUAAUUUUUCUUAUCCAAGGGCUUAGAGACAAUAGAUUUCCGCCUGGCCAAACAAAAAAACCAAGGACGAGGUUCCCUCCCUGUAAAUAGGAUUGUGUUGAGAAGUGCAUAUUUAUUAUCUUGUCGUACAGCAUGGGCUGGAUACACUUUGAAAUUGUUAUAUCCGCCCUUUUGAUUUGUAAUUAUGCGUUAUUUGGCUUUUGGAAGCCAAAACUAUACUGUUUUCAAGUAUCUGUUUUGACUGGUUGUGGUUUUAAUAAUGAAACUUGAACUUGCAUGCAAGUAAAGCGAAGUAUUUUUAGGGUGGUUGGUUUUGUGUCCCUAUAGCCUUAACCAUAGCAACAUUCAUAAGCAAUCAAACUCGGCAGCGUUCAUUUCUGUCCCUAAUCUCAUUGACAGUUCGCUUCAAUUGUGAAACCUUGUCUUUGAACCUAAUGAUAUGAUGUAAUGGAAGGCCUUGG